ACAUAAGUAUGGUGGUUUACUUUUUCCUCACCACCAAGAGAAAAGCGAAAACUGCUGGGCGAGAGCGUAAAGAGUGGGAUUUAGGAAUAGGGAUUUUCAAUUGUUACUAGGGGUUUCAUUGUGUGUUUGAAUUCUGCUGGAAGUGGACAGUGACAAAAAAAAUGGAAACCACAAAAGCACACGUUCUAAAUUGUCAAUUCUCGAGCUGGUAUCCUAAGUUUAAAAAACUGACACCACGUGCAAGGAUUCUGAAGCCAAUUCCACCUUCAGUGCUGAAUUAUUUGAAUCAGGAUGGAAUUUUUUUGGGGGGAAGUGAUGAUGAUGAAAAUGAGGACGACGGUGAGAUCAAAGAUGAAGACGACGAAAAUGUUCAGCGUGCUCGUGUAUCAGCAGAGGACCUGAAGUUGAUUACAGAUACAAUUGAAGAGUUGGGCGGUAGUGUAGUUCCAAAGUUAAACUGGUCGACGCCAAAGGAUGCUCUGUGGAUUGCACCAACAAAUUCCCUCAAAUGUACAAACGCAAGCGAUAUUCUCCUUCUACUCAAGGCGUCUGAUUUUGUUGCUCAUGACCUUGAUGAUCCCUUUGACAAUUGUAAAGACGAUGUUGUCGGCAAGCUGACGGAAAACUUUUCAUACGAGCUCGUAUUGAAGGAAUGGUUUCCUAUCCACACUUCACACGAGUAUCGAUGCUUUGUUAAGGGAAGAAAGCUGGUUGCGGUUUCUCAACGUGAUCCUAAUUACUACGAUUUUCUUGAGAAAGAAGCUCCAGAACAUUUAGAGUUACUGAUAGAGCUCUCUGAAAAACUUCAUGAUUUUCCAGAUGAAAACUUUGUUUUUGACGCAUAUAUUCAAAAAGACCGGGCAUUUUUAAUUGACAUAAACCCUUAUUCCCUUACUACUGAUGGCCAAUUGUUCUCCUGGUCAGAAAUCAAUAAACUCAACACGGAUGAUCCUGUUCUUCGUCUUGUUCCAAAAGGUCCUUUCGGUAGCUCUGGGUCCAUGUAUUCAGAAAAUCGUGUUCCCUUCGAUAUGGUUGCCGCGAAUCUUGGCGGAAAUAUAUCCGAGUUUGCCAAUAGCAUGCAACAAAGCAUGGCAGCAGAAGAAAAGAAAGACAAGUUUUGACCCAAGAAAUAAAAUUAAGAAAGCUUCGAUAAAAACCACAAAACGAAAGGGAGGGAAUGACAAAAAGAAUGUGUUUUUUUUUUUCAGCGUGAAUGUAGACAAGCAAGUGUC